CUUGAAAAUCGACGCGGUGCAGCCUUGAUGUGAGCGGCUUUUCUAACUACAGUGUCCUGCGUAUCACGUUUCCUUGCUAUGCUUGGUAUGCUUAAUUGUCGAUAAAAUCUGCGUAGCUCGGCAGGUGUAACUUCGCGAAACAGGAGGAGGAAGCGUCUCGUUUGAAUAUGCGCGCUGAUCGCUUUCGUGAUGCGCGGUCGUCUGCUGCACCCGCGUCAACACUUAAAUAAUUUUGUCGCUCUGCAGCUGGACCAGGUUAUUGGAUUAGAUGUUCACCGAAAUGCCUUUGAUCUUUUAGCGUGCUGCCGUAAAUCAUCUGGAUGAGACCUACGAGUUCAACGGUUAAAGCUUGCGGCGCAUCGACAGAUGGGGUCCGCGCGACUGGAUGGAGAAGCUUUCGGCCGGCGCUCAUUGGAAUAUGACUAUCUACAGCUGCGAGAUGAGAACGUGCACCUCAAGAAACACGCCAGAGAGCAAGAGGAAAAGGCUAAAAAGUUGGCCACGCGGCUGUCAAGAGUUAUCAAUGAAAAGAUCAAACAAGGGGCCACAACCAGUGAGCUGGGCCCCCGGCGUCAGAUGGCAGAAAUGGAGGGGAAAGUAGAAGACCUGGACAACAAGGUUAGGGUUCUUGAGAAACAAAACAUGCAGUUAAGGGGCAAGCUCCAAGUCAGCAGGCAGCUUAUUGCUACAGCUACCCAAUUUCAAGGUCCUUAUUCCAGGGUGCAGCCUCGGGUCAACUCUGGUUUACGCCGUCCCAUUCAGAAGCCUCGUCCAUUUGGAAAUGAGUCUUCAGCGACUGCUGUUUCCUUGCAGAAAAAGAUGGGAGCUUCUGAUUUAGUACAUGCACCCCCAUAUGUGGUGAGCCUCAUCAGGGAAGCAAAAGAGGAAAUUGAGAAACUUGAAGCGGUCGUGGAAUCUCAGCGCUUGCAGUUGGCUGAAGUGGCAGAGCAGGCACGCUUUAGGGAAGCUGAGCUUCAAACAGAGUUGUCUGAGAUGAAGGAACAGGUGAAUCAGGGCCAAGUUCGCUACAUUCAGGGAAAUGUGGAUAUCUUAAGUCUGCGACGAGAUGCAGAACACUACACCCUUAGAGAAUCAACCUUCAAGUCUGAGCUUGAAGCUCUAGACAAGAAAAUGGAGAGAGUGAGUGCUCACAACAGCAGCUUGUUGGGAGAGGUAGAUCAACUGACAUCCCAACUGAGAACAGAGCAAGCAAAAAAUCUUCAGCUUGAAGAGAAAUUGAGUGCUUGCGAGGCUAUGCAAAAGACUCUUGCAGAGCUUGAACAAAGGCUUGCUGAUCUUCAACGGGAGAAUGAAAUAUUGAAAACUGCUAAUGAACAGCUUCUCAACAGCAUUGAAGGGAGUGAUGUGGAUGAAAAUAAGUGGCACGAAGAGGCUGGGACCCUCAAGUUGCAGAUUACGCAGCUAGAAGCGAUUAUCAAGUCCGACAAUGAUGAAAAAGCAGUGCUUGAAAAAGAGCUGGCAGAAAGAAUCGAGCUGUACCGGAGUCUCCAGGAAGAACAUGGAAAUCUUGAGAAGGCACAUGCAGAGGUAACAGCCAAGCUAGAGAAUGUUGAGAAGGACUUGCAGGACCUUCAGAAGGAGACACAUCGCAAGAGUUCGUCAGUGGAUAGAAUCAUCCAGCCUGAAAGUUCAGCAAAUGCUUUUGGGGCAAUGCUAAUAAAUGGCUUUAGUCCCUCUGGCCCCCCAAAUACCAAGCAGUGUCUUGACAAAGGAGUGCAAGCUACACUUCUGGAAAAUGGCUAUGGGGAGAUGACAAAAUUGAAGGAAGAACAGCAGCUGGUCAUAGAAAAAGAACGGCUUCGUAUUGAAGAGCUUCAAAGUUUGCUGACAGAGAAAUCUAAGAAGAUUGAGGCUUUAGAAAAGCAUUUGGCCCGCAUUCCAUCCAAGCAAGUCCAAGUUACCGAAGUUUGUGCGCCAAAUGAAGCGGAUGAUGAGCAUUGCCUUAGUUUGGUAAGAAAAGGACAAAGUUUUUUGGAGAUACAUCUAAACAAGAUAACAUUUGUGGCCUCGCAAGAUGCAUUUGAAGGCAGUGGUCCUCCACCUGUGUUUGCAACAUGGACAUUUGCUGACUUUCAAUCACAGUCAACACCUGUUGCUACUGGAAAAUGCCCAGAAUUCAACUGCACUGCUCGCUAUGCUGUUGCUGUAGACCCAACCUUUAUAGAUUACCUUCACAAGGAUUCUGUCCAGAUUGAAGUUCAAGCUGUGCACGGGGCUGACAUCCAUAGCUUGGGCACCUGCCAGAUUGCUUUGAGGCCUGCACUGCAACAUCCGUUCAAGUGCAACUAUGCUCAGGCAGCACUCGUUGGGGUCCAAGAUGAGCAGCACAAGCACUUUGUUGGAACUUUGAGCUAUUGGGUUCGCUUUUUACCUGCUGCGGAUCCAGCCAGAAGACUGUUAGGCCUUUCAGUGCCAAUGUCCCCACCCAAAGAGUUGCCUCAUUCUGGACAUCAAAGCAGAAAGCAGAAUGGAGAGACAGCCAAAGCUAUGUACAAUGAACUUAAAGUCAACAUUGCUCGCUGCACGGGGAUCUCAUCAAAACAAGGACACCUGCGGAAGAGCUUAUAUUGCUGCUAUCAACUGUGUGACUUUCCCGAGCAACAGACUGGGUUUGCUACUCCUGUUGCUAACAGUGUUGAUUUUCAUCACAUUUGCACAUUUCCUGUCAAAACGGACAGCCGACUUCACAAAGAGCUCCUUUCACAGAGCUUGGUACUAUUAUUGUUUGACGAAGAAGAUACUGAGCCUGGUUCUUUUGUUGGAAAAGCAUCUGUGCCCUUGUCUCCACUGGCCAGGGGGCAGGCAGUGCAAGGGCCUUUUCUAUUAUUCAGUCCCUGGGGUGAGGAUGCCGGCUCUGUGGAAUUAGAAAUUACUUGGGAGCAUGAGUACAAUCCUCCAAGAAAGCCUGUACCUAGAGCAAGAUCGAAAAAUGAACUAGCUGUUCAUAAAUCAAAAAGAAUGCCAUCAGCUCAGUAUCGAGCUUCUGCAUCACGGCUGUUACAAACCAGUGAUAUGACAAAGGACCAGCAGCAUGCUUUGAGGCCACAAGAACCAAUUAUCAAUGAACGCAAAAAUAUUUUGGUGCAUGACAAUAAAGUAACAUCACUGGAAGCGGAAGCUUGUUUAACAGACAAAAGAAAGUUGCAAGAAAAUGAUCGCUCAAAGAGCUCACACUCACGAAAAGGAAGUAGAGAGAGAGGCGAACACGCUGAGAGCAGCUCUUUGACAUCCGUGUCCAGUCUGUCACCUGCAAGUGGAAGUAAUAGUGCCCCAGCAGGUGUAAAAGCCAACAAAGUUCAGAAACAAGGAGAUGGUAACAAUGCUGCUGGUGUGAACAACAGCCUUGCAGAAGAGAGUCAGAGUCUUGAAGAGUUCAGCAAUGGACAAGUAGUAGUUGUCAAAACAGCUGCAUUGAAGAGGAGUGACACAUUUAAGAUUUCAGAUGCUGCAGUUUUCUCAGUGAUUAACCUGGGAUUCUUGCCUGGUGCUGCAGUAUUGAAAAACAAGUCAGUCGAGAUGCUUUUUGUUGAGUUCCAAUUUCUCGACUGCUCCCCAGAAGAACUUGAAACACCAGUUGCCCUGCCAAAGCCAAAGCCUCCUCAACGAAUUGCCUUCAACUUUAGAAAGGUUGUUCAUCUUGAUGCCAACCGCCAUCAAGAGAGGAGGGAAGCCCUGGCUUCAAUGAUGUCAUCUAAAAACCCUAACAGUGCCAUCAUAAAAUUCACAGUGGUGAGUGAACCUUUAGGCAAGAACAAAGAUGCUGAGUGCCAAGAUGUUGGUAUUGCCAUAGUUGAUUUGAAACAGAUUGUAAAAUAUGGCAAAGACAUUAUAGAAGAAGAUGUUGAUGUUCUUGACACAAGGAGCAACAAAGUCAUCGGAAAACUGAAUGUUUCCAUCGAAAUACUUGCGGCACUGAAGCGCAUCCUGGCUGAGAGCGAGCAUACUUCUCAUAUGUCUUCAUAGCUUUAGCCAAAAAUGAAAAGCUUAUUGCUACUUACCACUGCAAUUUAUAUGAAGGACCCCAUAGAGAGAGAUAUUUAUUUCUUGUCUUGAUGUGUUCUGGCCAAGCUCACAGGUAGAGCAAGUUUGGAAAUUUUGAUUUGAAACAAGCAUGGGACAACAGCAAUAUUAGCAAAGCCAACAUAAAACAGGAUGAUCACGCUGGAAGUGUGCAGUUCACCUUAUUUAUGCACUUUUACCACAUCAUGGGUAACUGAAGUAGGCUUGUGCCAUGUGGCUUGUCUCAUUUACUGCCUUAGACUCAUGCAUGAAAGUGUGAAACAGGGAAUUGUUGGGUAGAGUUGAUGUCAAGCAUUCAUCUGUCAGCACCAACUUUUUUGCCGUGAACAGUUGCAGUGUGCUUGAGAAAACGUGCACAUUUUGUAAAAUGCAUAUGCACUUUAAAUGAAUGUACAAAUGUACUAAUGCAUGUUAAGGGCAUGCUAUUAAAACCCAUAAUUAGUUGUGUAUAACCUGUGUAUGGUGUGUUGCUUCUUUUCAAAAUUAAAACAAGGUGUGUAUCAUAAGACGGUUGCAAGAUUUGUAGAACACGGAAAAAUUAACCCAACACUCAGGUUGGCAAGUUAGCUGUUUUCAUUGCUCAUAAGGUUGCUAGCAGCAGUUUCUGUUGAAACCUUGAUACUAUUCUCUUUCCUAUUAAACUUCACAGCACGUCACUGAAUGCCAGUAGACAAAUGUAAAGCAAUAUUCCUUUUGAUGGAAGGCCAUGACAC